AUGGCUCCCAAAGGCGGAAAUGCAAAGAAGGAGAGCGGUCGAGCGAAGAAAGCAGAAAAUGAAGCCAAGAAGCAAGAACAGGCUGCCGCUGCCGCUGAGCGCAAAGAGGCAGAUCAAUGGAAGGACGAUAGCGUGAAAGGAGGAAAGGCCAAGCAGCAAGAUAAGGAGGAGAAACGCAAGGCUGAUCUCGCUCGUAAGGCUGAGAACGCCCGCCUGCUAGCUGAGGAGGAGACUGUAGUCGCCGCGGCUAAGAAAGCUGCCCCCAAGGCGGCAAAGAAAUCCACGAAGGAUAUCAAGCCUGCAGGGCCUGGUGCAAUAGCUGCUGGAGGCGGCUUGGUCGCUCCGGAGAAGAGCACUGCACCUGCACCUCCGGAGGAAGUAGAAAGCUUCGCGGCGACGGGUAUUGAUAAUGCACUGGAUCUGCUAGAAGUUGUCACGGCGAAGAUGGAUAAAGCCAGCGUUGGACAACAGGCAGCAUCGAUCGAACGACAUCCAGAGCGCCGAUUCAAAGGGGCGUUUGAAGCCUACCAAGAACGCGAAAUGCCCAAUGUGCGCAAGGAACAUCCUGGAUUGCGGUUGCAGCAAUAUAAGGAGCUGCUGUUUAAGCAAUUCCAGAAAUCACCGGAGAAUCCAUUUAAUCAGGCCACUAUUUCCUACGACGCAAGCAAGGAAGAAAAGGUCGAUGCACUUAAGGCCAAGCAUGCACAGACCGCCGACAGGCUGCGCGAGAAGUAA